AAAAUACUCUCCCGAACUAACACCCAUGUUAGAUCUCUAUCUCUCUCUUCUCUCUCUAACGCCACCGCCCUCUCUCUAUCCAAAACGAGCUUCCCAAAAAGCAAACACCAUCAUUCUCAUUCUCUCCUCCAUUAGAGCACUCUGAAGCGAAGAUUAAAGAUUCAAGGUUUGUUGAUAAGAUUUGCUGCCGAAACUGCUCCUGAAAUUCUGCUUCGGAUUUGCUCUCGUUAUCUCGCCGUUGCAGGUUCAGGAAUCUAGUUCGAUUUUUCUCUCUGGUUCGGAAUCGAGAUGUGGAGACUUAGAGGAGGAACCUGAGAGAAAGGCCGUUGCUGUACGGUUGCUUGUAGCGCACGCGUUGUACUGUACGUCCGUGUGAGGGAGAUUUUGUCAAAACAAAAAAGUUUUUCUUCUUCUUCUUUGUUUGGACUCGGGAGAUCCGUGAUCAAGAAAAAUGCCUCACAGAACGACUUACUUCUUCCCAAGGCAAUUCCCCGAUCGCGGAUUCGAUGUAUCCGCGUCCAAACAGCAGGCCUUGGAAGAUCACGAGAAAAAGGUAAACACCACAACAACCACCGCAACCACUUCUUCUUCUGCCGCUACUGUUGCUCCUUCUGUUGUCGUUUCGGUUCCAAAGGACGCGUUUCAGCUCGAAAACGACAGAGUCAAGUCGUCGACGACGACGAAGCAGCAGUUCACCGUCGCCAGCAAGGCCUCGGCCGUUUCCGACCUCUUGACGAGCCAUGAAUACAAAACGAAAAAGAAGAAUCAGCACCAGAAGCAAGAGCAUUUCGCUGACUUCUGCGAGUGGUUCGCCGAGAAGAAAGCCGAGGCGGCGCGUUCCGUUGCUGCUACUGCUCGGGCGAAAUCCGUUAAGCGAUGUUCCUCGUGCGAUGAGGAUCGCGAGCUUCUCCUCCCGCCGCCGGAGCCGGCUUCUCCGGCGCCGGCGACGAGGUCGGCGGUGAAGGAUCGGAGCAUGGACAGGAACUUCGAUAGGCAGGUGUCGCUGCCGAGGGUUUCGAGCGGGAGUAGCUAUGCCGGGAGCUUGUUCUCCGGGAUCAGCACGACGCUGGAUGGAAACCUGUCGUGCGACGUUAAGGACUGCUUAUCGAAGGUGUCGUCGUCGACGGAGACGACGAGGCAGGAGGACGUGGUAAUGGAAGCGGAGGAGGCAGCGAGUAGGGAUCAGAGCUUGGCGCAGAGGUCCAAGGAGAGUUAUUAUCUGCAGCUUACUUUCGCCAAGAGGCUGACUUCUCAGGCUUGCCUCGCGAGCGAGCCUCUGCUAAUGCAAGUGACUGGGCCGGAGACUUCCGACGUCGAGACAGUCUCAUAUCGCCUCUGGGUUAGCGGCUGCUUGUCUUACACUGAUAAGAUUUCAGAUGGUUUCUAUAACAUUUUGGGGAUGAAUCCUUAUCUGUGGGUGAUGUGCAAUAAUCUGGAUGAAGGUAAACGGUUACCACCGUUGAUGUCGCUUAAAGCAAUUGACCCCAGUGAGACAUCCAUGGAGGUGGUUCUGGUCGAUAGACAUGGGGACUCUCGCCUUAAGGAGCUUGAGGAUAAAGCGCAAGAGCUCUAUUGUACUUCAGAAAAUAUGUUAGUUUUGGUGGAGAAAUUAGGAAAACUUGUUUCCAUCUACAUGGGGGGUACCUUCCCAGUGGAGCAAGGGGAUCUCCACAUGCACUGGAAAUUGGUUAGCAAGAGGUUGAAGGAUUUUCAGAAAUGUAUCGUGCUCCCCAUUGGCAGCCUUUCUAUGGGACUUUGCAGGCAUCGUGCUAUUCUUUUCAAGAAAUUGGCAGAUUAUAUUGGGUUACCAUGUCGGAUAGCUCGGGGCUGCAAGUAUUGUGUAGCAGAUCAUAGGUCUUCUUGUCUUGUUAAGAUCGAAGAUGCCAGGCAGUCCAGGGAAUAUGUAGUUGAUCUAGUUGGGGAACCAGGAAAUGUUCAUGGUCCAGAUUCCUCAAUCAAUGGAGGAUUUCUUUCAUCGAUGCCCUCACCAUUUCAGAUUUCUCAUCUUAAAGAAUUUCAACAGCCAUGCAUGGAUAGUUGUCAAAUUGUAAAUUCAAACAGCACAUGUGGUUCUCCCGAAAAUCUUCCUUAUUCAGGCUGCACGAUAGAAAGUCUUAAAAUUAAGGAAAGUCGUUUCCUCAGAGAAACAAGGGGUGAGAGUCUAGUUGAUCAAGAUAGUCUUGGAAAGGAAUCUUCUUUAAUGUCUUUGGAAUUGAAAGGAAAUUCUGAGCAUCGGGUUCUUCAGAGUUCCAUGAUGUCUUCUAUCAGGGGAGGGCAAUUAGUAAGUGAUAGUGUCAAGCAACCAAAAGUAAGAGUAGGCUUAUCCAGGCAGUCGGCUUCGGAGGAUAUUGACAAAGAACUCGAGAGUCGGGAAAGAUUUCCUUCUAUACACGUGACCAUUCCCAGAUACCUGACUCUUGAGCCAUCUCUUGCGAUGGACUGGCUUGAGAUCUCAUGGGACGAGUUACGUAUCAAGGAGCGUGUUGGUGCUGGGUCAUUUGGGACUGUACAUCGUGCUGAAUGGCAUGGAUCGGAUGUUGCUGUCAAGGUUCUAACUGUCCAGGAUUUUCAUGACGAUCAAUUGAAGGAGUUUUUGAGAGAGGUUGCAAUAAUGAAACGCGUACGCCAUCCAAAUGUAGUUCUUUUCAUGGGUGCAGUUACCAAGCGUCCACAUCUGUCAAUAGUGACAGAAUAUCUGCCAAGGGGUAGCCUGUAUCGCCUUAUACACAGGCCAGCUUCCGGUGAAAUUAUGGAUCAGAGGCGGCGGUUGCGCAUGGCACUAGAUGUGGCCAAGGGUAUCAACUAUCUCCAUUGUUUAAGCCCUCCGAUAGUGCAUUGGGAUCUAAAAUCUCCGAAUUUAUUGGUUGACAAAAAUUGGACAGUGAAGGUGUGUGAUUUUGGGCUGUCCAGAUUUAAAGCAAACACCUUCAUAUCAUCAAAGUCUGUUGCUGGAACGCCUGAGUGGAUGGCUCCAGAAUUUCUCCGUGGAGAGCCGUCUAAUGAGAAGUCUGACGUUUAUAGUUUCGGAGUAAUUCUAUGGGAGCUUGUGACCAUGCAACAACCUUGGAGUGGACUUAGUCCUGCCCAGGUAGUUGGAGCUGUCGCUUUCCAGAACAGAAGGCUAGCUAUUCCAUCUAAUACAUCGCCGCCGGUGUUGGCUUCCCUUAUGGAAUCUUGCUGGGCCGACGAUCCUAGUCAACGCCCGUCUUUUGGUAGUAUAGUCGACUCACUAAAAAAGUUGCUGAAAUCUCCAUUGCAACUGAUGCAAAUGAGCGGAACCUAAAGGGGUACCUUACUAUACUGUCAUUUGAAUGUGGCAGCUAUAAUCUAUAUGGCAUUAACUAAAAAACCUCUUUGGGGUUCUCGGUAAUUAGAGAUGCAUUGCUUGGCUAACCCACCCGAAAGGCGGUUUAAGUAAAAGCCUUUCUUAUAUCUGUGAGGGUUCUUAGUGGGAGCAGCGGAGCUUUCCCCGAUAAGCUAUUUCUAAUUUUGAAUUCCUUACAUCUGAGAAAGAUGAAAAUGAACCUAGGCACGUAUUUUUUCUAUUUUUUUGCUUCUCACCGACACUGCCUAUGGGCUUUUACUACAUAUAUUUCUUCAUGUACUCUCCGUAUUAUGCUCCUAUAAUAACAAAAUCCAUAGUCCAACAAAGUUAAGA